UCCCCUAAUCAAGUAACACCAGUAUAAAAUACUAAGGUUAAAAAACUCAUCUUGACUACAUCAUUUACAUAUUGUAGCCCUAUUUACCAUUUUACCCCAAUUUAAUUUAAUUUUUUUUUUUAUAACUUGAUUUUCAAUCUUUGCUAUUAACAACCUUUUAGCUAUAAAUUCAACUAUUCAAAUCUAUAUUUUGAAUAUACACGUACGAAUUUACAAAAUCGACAAAAGUGCAAUCGAAUAUGAUAGUCCAUACUAGCAAAAUGGGAUCGGGUAUUUGGAUCAAUGAUCAAUUGAAUAGGAUUCUAUUUUAAAUUCUUAACUAUUAAUGGAUCAAGCCCUAUAUGAAUAUGAUUCUUAAGUCUAAGAUGAAGGAUAGCAAAUUUCCGUGGAUUAGGUUUUUGGGUCUAGUCAUAUUUAUCGUUUUUUGCCACCAAUUUUUUUUCAGUAGCAUCAAACUCAAUGACUGCAACAUUCUUUCUAUCUCCUUCAAACAUCCAAUCAAUUUCAACUCCAUUUCUUGAAUCUUUCUCUUCUUCACCCUUUUCCUUCUCUACUAAACCCCUUUUCCUGAAAAUCCCUAAACCCCUGAAUUCUCUCUCUUUUAAUGCUUCAUCUUCCUUCCUUCAAAUUCGGUCCUUUAGCACCAAAAACAACAGUGAUAAUACCACUGAAAAUGAUGAAUUCAGUGAAGAAAUUUAUGAUGAUGAUAAUAAUGAUUAUGAAGCUACAAGUUCAGGUAGUAAUAAGGUUAAAAUGCCCACUGCUCCAUGGAUGAAAGCUCCUCUUUUUCUUCCAUCUGAUGAAGUUCUUAACCUCUCAAAACUCAAGCAAAAGAAGAGAACCUCCAUUGAUGAAACCCAGAAAGCUGAUAGGUCACUUACUAAGAAAAUUAGUGGAAGGAAAGGUAAGAAGGUGGUUAAGAAAAUUGUUUACAAGAUUGAGAGACUUCAACCUGGUAAUGAUUUGGUUGAUACCCAGAAAAAUUUGGAUAAUUCCCUGAGAAUUUGGGAUGAUACCCAGAGAAAUUUGGAUAAUACCCAGAAAAAUUGGGGUGAUUUUGGAGGUGGGUUACUGUUGGGUGAUGGUGGGGAGUCAAAAUUGAGGCGUAAAAUGCCAUGGGAUAAGGAAGAGAAGCUGGUUUUUAGAAGGAUGAAGAGAGAGAAAGUGGUAACGGCGGCCGAAUUGAGUUUGGAUGAGACAUUGUUGAAGAGAUUGAGGGUAGAAGCUUCAAAGAUGCAAAAGUGGAUUAAGGUGAAGAAAAUUGGUGUUACUCAAGCUAUUGUUGAUGAGAUUCAUUCAAUUUGGGCUAACAAUGAGCUUGUUAUGCUUCAAUUUGAUUUGCCUUUGUGUAGAAAUAUGGAUAGAGCGCGGGAAAUUGUUGAGAUUAAAACAGGAGGAUUAGUUGUGUGGAGUAAGAAAGAUAGUCUUGUUGCUUAUAGAGGAUGCAAUUACUUUUCAAGGAAAUUGUCUCGAAAGGCUUAUGUUCGACCGAAGUUGGAUAUUAACCUGACUAUGGACAGAGAUAAGGAUUCUCUAUCAACUGGGUUAUUGAUGGACAGGAAUUUGGGGAUUAAGCCAGGUGAUAAGUCACUGUAUGAGAGGGAAGGCGAUAGAUUAUUGGAUGGAUUGGGACCUCGAUUUGUUGACUGGUGGUACCCGAAGCCUUUGCCAGUUGAUGGCGACCUUCUACCAGAAGUAGUUCCUGGAUUUAAGCCUCCAUUUAGGCUUUGUCCACCUCGUGUUUGGCCCAAUGUGACGGAUGCUGAACUGACAUACCUGAGGAAACUUGCUCGGCCUUUACCAAUACACUUUGUCCUCGGAAGGAAUUCUAAACUUCAAGGUCUAGCUGCUGCCAUCUUGAAAUUGUGGGAGAAAAGUUUAUUUGCCAAAAUUGCUGUGAAGUGGGGUAUUCCAAAUACCAAUAACGAACUCAUGGCAUCUGAACUCAAGCGUCUUACCGGAGGAGUUCUCCUACUACGUAACAAGUUCUUCAUCGUUCUCUACAGAGGCAAGGAUUUCUUACCAAGCAAUGUUGCAAAUGCGGUAGUUGAGAGAGAGAUUGAGCUCCAGCAGUGGCAACUCCAUGAAGAAGAUGCACGGCUUAAAGCAGCUGGCGUUGUUAAUUAUAGUGAUGAAACUUCAACAGAUAAAAGUAUCAUUGGUACCUUUUCAGAAUUCCAGCAUAUACAAACGAUUUCCAGGAAUGUACACCACAUCAACAGAGAGGCUGAAAUUGAGUUUGAAGCUGAGAAAAAAAGCUUAGAGAAGGAAUUGAGAAAGCAAGAGCACAAACUUGCCAUUCUCAAAAUCAAAAUCGAGAAAGCAGAAAAGGAUUUAAGGAAAUUAAAUUCUGCCUGGAUGCCUUCUGAAGAAGAGCUUGAUCAAGAAUUGUUGACUGAAGAAGAGAGAGAGUGUUUCAGGAACUUAGGUUUGAAGAUGGACAGAUUUCUAGUGUUGGGGAGGCGAGGGGUCUUUGAUGGAGUGAUAGAAGGACUGCACCAGCAUUGGAAGCACCGGGAACUUGUGAAAGUUAUAUCAAUGCAAAAAACAUUCUCGCAGGUCCUUUCUACUGCUAGAACGCUGGAAAGAGAGAGUGGCGGAAUACUAGUAUGCAUUAAAAAGCUAAAGAAAGGCCAUGCCAUUAUUAUUUACCGUGGGAAAAACUACAAGCGUCCCAUUGAUUUUGGUAGAAAUCUCCUGGAUAAAAAGAAAGCACUGAAAAGAUCCCUAGAACUUCAAAGACUAGGAUCCCUUAAAUUUUUUGCUCAUCAAAGGGAACACGAAAUUGCAGAUUUGAAGCUCAAACUGGCUGAUUUAGAGGAGAGGCACAACAAAAAAUGACCAGACUCUGAAACCUGCAUGAACACAGAAAUUAUGUCUUCGUUGAAGGUUGAAAGGAAGAAUUUCACUGUCAGCCACCAAGAAACAUGGGUCAAGUUGAGGCAUGAAAGGCAGAGGUACCAAGUGUAGGAUUUUGAAGACUUCUAGCUCCAGCGCUUGUGCUCCCGGGAAAUGACUCAAACUUAGAUUACUUCAUGCUCUCAAUAAAACCCAGUAGACUAUAAUGAAGUGCCUGCUGCAUAAAUUUAGCUGACGAAGCAUUCCUAGUCUACGUUGUGGAGCUCUGUUCUAAACACAUGAAGUCUCACAUGAAUAUCUUAUGAUAGAUUAUUCUUCUAUGAUGCAAUGUUGUUCAAGUCUGAACAAAGUUAACACUAUUGUACAGCUGGGAGUACCUUUCUUCCUUGAUCAAGGUAAUGAUCAGAAAAUAAAAGUUUGUGUUAUACUUGUAGAUGUUCCCUGAAUGCCAUGUUAUGAUCUAAUUAACCAAAUGACAUUUGUUUUUAGUUUUUAUUAAUUAGUUUUUGAAAUCACCUUGGCUUUCUUCCA